AUGAGCGAUAAACUGCUCGCAUGGUAUCCCAGCGCCACUCUUUUUGCGACUUGGGUACAAGCACGGCACGGCAGCGAUGAUUGCCGCAGAACCGUUCUGAACUCGUAUCCAAAGACCGUCCAAGCCAAGAUGCGCUCGAGAUGGCAUCCUCUCCAUACCUCCAUGCACAUGUGGAACAAGAACUCGUUGGCCAAUGUCUCGCUGUCAUGCCUGGGCGAUCGCACGGAGAUGGCGCACAGUGUCGAAGCUCGCACGCCAUUCGUCGACCACCACCUCACCGAGUAUAUCAACCGUUGGCCUCCGAGCGCCAGGUCGGCACCGAUCGACCUCUUAGUGCUAGGGGACUCAUCGAAUCUACUCCGAUAUGGAAGUCCUACCACCACUCUGUUAUUCAAGGUAACUGGGACAGCGCUAUGCUCUGGUGGGGCUGGAUACUAG